CACGCAUGUCUAACUAAAAUUGACAAUAAAUUUCCUUUUGUAAUCAAACUAUUUUGUAAAUAAAUCAACCAUAAGUUACUAGUUUUUAUUUUUGGUUCCAUUGUCAUUUCCCUCAGCAACAUGAAAGCGAAACUUCAAUUUCAAUAGCUUCAAAAGUAUUUCAAAGGCAUUCUGAGGAAUGCCACAACCGUCAUACUUUAGUAAUUUAAAAAUAAAAACAAUGGACCGCUAUUUCAAUAGGUGAGUUAGAUAACAAGAUAUUAAAUGUGGAAAAUGAAGUAAGUGUAAUAACCUCAAACCACAACUGCUGGUCUCAAUUUAACUGCCGUUACAGUUCGUAUCCAAUUAAGAAAAUCUUAAACCCAGAUAAAUUUACUGCUAAAAUUGUCUACAUAAACUAUUUAAACACUAAAAUUUUUGAAUAUGAAAAACUGUAUCAACUUUAAAUUGCAAACUGGGGUAAGGAAAGAAGGUUUGAAAACUUUGUAUAGCAAUAAUUGACAAUUUAUUUUGUCCGAACACAAAGAACAAAAUUUACAGUUCAUAUAACACAAACACUUCCUAGGAAAAAAUUACAAAAAAAAUCUAACUCUCAAGCUAAAACUAUAGCUUUUAAACCAAGGCCAUCCCAUAAGUCAAGUUAAGAGGACUUAGGUGACUUCUCCUUCUCCUCCUUAACUUUAGCAAGGCACGUAAAGACAGUAAAGAAAAGGAAAAACUCAUUCCAAACGACCAAGAGAAGAAUGAAACCAGCUACUCAAACAACUCUAUAUAUAUGAUCGAAGGAAAUCUCUUGGAAGCAAUGGAUACUGAAGGGUUCUCUGCAGCACAUUGUGUCGCAAGAGAUAUGAGAAUGGGACGGGGCAUUGCACUAAAGCUAAAAACUAAACUCAACAUAGACACGGAAACGCUCAAGAAGAACUGUCAAGUGUCAGACAUCGUUGAAAUGAAAAUAGGCAAUGACUACCUCCUCAAUCUUGUAACCAAGAAGGUAUCACGUGAACUUCCAAAUUGGAAUGACUUCAAAAAAACCAUCAAAAAGCUCCCUGAAACCUGUGAAAGACUUAAAAUAAACAAGCUAAUUAUGCCCAAGAUAGGAUGCGGACUUGAUGCCUUCAAGUGGCCCAAUGUCAUGAAGCUCCUCAAAUCGGUUUUCUACAACAGCAACAUAGAAGUAUAUGUAUUGUACAAUGACAAAGAUGAGGAACCCAUGUAUGCAAGAAGCAAAGAUGGAAAGAAAAAGUUCCUCCUAAAAGAAAAAAGAAAGGCAACCACAGAAAUAGUUGGAGACAGUCAUGCCAAAGGUAUACUACAAAUACUAAGAAAAGACAAAGAUCAGACCUUUUAUGCACAAGCCACUGGAGGUGCCACAACCAGCGCAGCCACAAAGAACUUGAACUUGUACUCAUCAUACCUCUCGCCAGAGGACAACCUAGUUGUUAUAACAGGAACCAAUGACAUAGAUCUGAAUAAUGAGAAUCAAGAUCUAACUAGUCAUGAUGAGGCAAGAAAGGACAUAGUCUCCCAAGCAAAGCAUACGAAGGUCACUAUAUUGACAAUCCCCUACAGAUAUGAUGAAACAGAUGCCAAUGGUAAAAUUGACAUCUAUAAUAAUCACAUUAGAAAUAUGAUCCUGACAGAAGCAAAUGAACAAGGACUUUUGGAGAGAAUCCAAAUAGUAGAUGUCAAUAAAGUGCUCACAAAGGAACACUAUUCUGAACUGGGUCUUCAUCUUAACACUGAGGGAAAAGAGGUGUUCUGCAAACUCAUCACUACAGCAACCUCGGAAUCUGGCACCCUGAGCUGCCUCCCAACACCAGAGGAAAGUACAGAAGAUGAAGAAGAUACUGAGAUUGAAAACAUAGAGAAGCCAGAUAGUGACACCACCCUUGCACUAGACAAAUCCAAGGAUGAGCAAGAAGUAGAGGAAGAUAUGGGAUUUGGCCUUUUCGACUAA